CACAAAAUCAAAGGCCAUCCGCAGUAAGAGGGGUUUAAAAACCGGAUCCUACAAAAACACUUCGACCUAAUUCUGAUGUGACCAUAUCCGAUUGUUUCCCUCUCUCAGGCUUUGACGAGCAGCCACGGAUUUGCUCGAAUUCACGCGAACUCUUUAGUGAAGAUGAAGAAAUGGAUUUUAUUAAACUGCUCGGGAUUGUUUUCGCUGUUUUCUGCCAACCAGGAUUCACCCAAUUUGAACUCAAUGGCCAGAGGAUCUGUCGACGUGGCACAGAGCGACCCUGCUACAGGAUCAACUACUUCCAGGACCCACGGCGGAGGGUGACCUUCAAUGAUGCCAGCCAGGCCUGCAGAACGGAUGGGGGGGAGAUCCUCAGUAUCGAGACUGACAAUGAGCAGCACCUGGUAGAGAGGUUCAUCCAGCAGUUGCAGGCCACUGAUGGGGACUUCUGGAUCGGGCUGCACAGAAGCCCACGCCACCGGGUGACUACCAUAGGCUGCCCUUCGCAGUACUACUGGCUGGAUGGCAGCAAGGCCAGAUUCAGAAACUGGCAUUGGGACGAGCCAUCGUGUGGAAACGAGAUGUGUGUGGUGCUGUACCACCAGCCCUCUGCCCCCCCUGACGAAGGCGGGCGCUUCAUGUUCCAGUGGAACGAUGAAAACUGCAACACCAAGAACAAUUUCGUCUGCAAGUACUCUGAAGAAAAGUUGCCAGUGUUUACUGUGGCGUGGAAUUCAAUAUACACAGUUGCCCCAAUUAUAUCUCUAAUGCCAAACCUCCCGUCAGCUACAGUGAGUGAUGAGAAAACAAAAAUAGGAAUGUCUGAAUCAUCAGUAACUCUUUCGGAUAAUGCCUUAUAUGUCUCCUACAUUCUAUUUGCCACUAUCCCCGUUCUACUGCUGCUGCUUGUGGCUACAGGAGUCUUCUGCUAUAAACGGGCAGCCAAAAGGAGAAAGUCUCAAACAGACAGCUACCCUAAGCAAGAGCAAUGGGGUACAAUGUCCACAGCGGCCUGCAACAUCCAAGGACCCUAUGCCUACCAGGACAUCACUAAGCUUCAACCAGCCGAUCUGGAGAGCAUGGCACCUGAAUCAAUCAAGAAGAUGUCCUUCUGUGACUCCUCUCUUCAUACCCAGUGUGAUGAUUACGAGAAUGUUUCAAACAAGGAGACAGUGACAGAGAGUGGCUUUGUGACCAAUGGCAUCUAUGAGGCCUGCCAAGACCAGGGUCGGCACUAUCUCAACGAGACUGGAUGGGUGGAGAAUGAGAUCUAUGAAUAAUGUUGCUGUCCUGCAGUGCCUCUCUCUUUACCACAUGUCCAUUGAGCCAUCUGGGCAUCUGACUGUUGGUGUCUCCAUUAAGCUUUCAUAUAUCCUGCUGGUGGGUUGUAUGGCAUCAUGUGACGCGAGACAGGACGGACAGAUCCUGUGUGGUAUUAUAAAGUGUUUGCUUUAGGGUAUGCCCAUUAACCAUACAAAGAAGACCCUUUUGAGGCUUCCUGUGUGGAGGCUGAUGUCAGUGAAAAGGACAAUAUCUUCGGAAACUCGGAUGAGUUUUAUAAACUUGUAUUUAUCACAAUGUUGUAAAGAAAAUCAAGAAAAUAUAUGUUUUGCGUACAUUGUAUAUUCAAGUGGGGCUGACUAGAGUGUUGUAAAAAAGUAGUCUAACUAGCUACAGCUGAGUGUUCUUGAAGGAUGUCUGACAGGAAAUUCUGAAAGCACAUCUGGAACUCGCACAUCCAGGAAAUCUAGCAGUGACAGCAGAGGCUUUUGUGGUGCUGCUCUCAACAGUUUUUCAUGUAAGGCUGUCACGAUAGGUUAAUUAACAAAACAUGCACUUGCUGGACAUGUAGUACUAUCAAAUAUCACAAACACUGCUCUGGCUACAAAUAAAGCCUAUGGAUGACCAGCAUAA